AUGGAGAGGGUUUCUCUGUCUAAUAAGGGAAAAGGGCCAAAAGAAGAGUUCGCUGAUUUGGUGUUUUCAUGGUCUCUUGAAGAUAUUAACAAUGAGGAUCUGUACAAAAAUCGCCCAUUUGAUAUCAAGAUCUACCUUAUCUUUCUUACUGCAAAUACUGGAAGAACUGAUGAUUUUGCUGUUGUGGCUUGUGCUUACUUAAAGUACUAUGUGGGAGCUUGCUUGUACUUAUUGAUUACAUAUCUUGUUUCUCGAUUAUUUCAGAAGUAUAGUAUCAAAGCACCUACUUUAUUGGUGGAGAAGAUUCCUCUAUCAUUUAAAUCGGAGGAUAAUUAUCUUGGUUCAUAUGUCUUUCCUUUCCUGGAAGAAACACGAGCAAAACUGGCUUCCAGUAUGGAACUUUUAUACAAAGCACCUUUUGCAGAAGUGAUCUCUUUUAACGAGUGUAAGCUCCGUGGAAAAUUACUAUACGAUGUCAAGGUUGAUUACUGGAGAAACAGAACGUUGCCUGGGGAUAUUUUUGUCAUCUCAGAUAUGAAACUUGAGACUAUUUCUGAUUUACAACGGGCGGGAAGGACCUGGACUUUUGCUUCAUUCACUACCAUCACGGAGGAUGAGAAUGAAGAUGAUAGCAUAACUACUCAUUUUAGAAUCAAAGCGUCAGAAGACAUUGAAGUCAAAGAUGGGAUGUGGAAGUCCAUGUUCGUGGUUUUCUUGAUAAAUAUAACAAGCAGCGAAAGAAUAUGGAAUACGUUGCAUAUGUCUAUAAAUACGAAGAUUAUCAAGAAAAUCUUGUGCGCUGAUUCCGUGUUCUCAUAUGUUCUAUCUCAUGUUGAGGAAACAUGUGAUCGUUGUUAUGAACAUAACAAUAGCCAAUUAGCUGAAAGAUUCAGUACAAGACUUUUGUCUAAGCUGAAUGAAUCUCAAACUGAGGCAAUCAUGGAUUCUCUCCAAAAAAUGGGAUGUAGCCACAAGACUUCCGUGAAACUUAUAUGGGGCCCACCUGGAACAGGGAAAACUAUGACUGUCAGUACGAUGCUGUUUAGCCUCCUAAGACUGAACCACAGGAUCCUUACUUGUGCCCCAACAAAUGUGGCAAUAAAGGAAGUAGCCUCUCCGGUGCUAAAGAUGGUUAAAGAAUCAUUUAAAGCUGACUCUGCAAGGGAUUCUUUGUUUUGUUCAUUGGGGGAUAUUUUAUUAUUUGGGAAUGAGGACCAGCUGAAAAUUGGAUCAGACAUUGAGGAGAUCUAUCUGGAAUAUCAUGUUAAAAGACUUGUAGAGUGCUUAGGACCAUUGACCGGUUGGAAGCAUUGUUUAAAUUCCAUGAUAGAUUUUCUUGAAGAUUGUGUUUCUCACUACCAUAUUUUUGUUGAAAAUGAAUUGUUCAAGACAAAAAAACUCUGCGAAGAAGGUGAACCUACCGAGGUGGAAUUCAAAUCAUUUCUUGGGUUUGCAAGAGACCGAUUCAAAUCUACUGCAUCACCACUCAGGAGAUGCUUAUUUAAAUUCUAUACCAAUUUACCAAAGCGUUACAUUCUGGAACAUAAUUUUCAAAACAUGGUAUCUCUUAUUAAUUUACUUAAUUCAUUGGAAAUGUUGUUGUUUCAAGCAAAUAUGGUUUCUGAAGAAUUAGAGGAGCUUCUUUCACAUCAGGAAACAGUUGAAGACACUUCUGAGGCUCUUGUGGAGACGUCCUUACUGCUGCUGUGCAUGAGACAAAGCAAGUGUCUUUGUGUUUUGAGAACUCUUCGGCUUUCUCUUGAGGAACUUAACCUUCCAAGUGUUUUGAACAGAGAUUCAAUAAUGGAAUUUUGUUUUCAAACAGCUUCUUUAAUUUUCUGCACUACUUCCAUUUCAUAUAAGCUUCAUUAG